AUGGCGAAGACUAAAGGCAAUUCUGGAACAAAAGUGCAACCCGCCCUUGAGGACCCUACCGUUGCGCCCGCGACCUUUAAUGAUGGUCUUCCUUUGCCAAAACUGCUUGUUUUUGACUUAGACUAUACUCUGUGGCCAUUUUGGGUUGACACCCAUGUCAGUCCUCCAGUCAAGGCCAAGGACAAUAAUUCGCGAUGUGUGGAUAGGUGGGGUGAAUCCUUCGCCUUUUAUCCCGCCGUAUCCUCCAUCCUCCUUGCAUGCCGUUCACGAUCCAUACCCCUAGGGCUUGCGUCAAGGACACAUGCUCCAGAUCUUGCGCGUGAUAUGCUUAAAGCAUUAUAUAUUAUUCCGUCCUUCUCGGAUAAUCCAGCGGCGGCCAAUAAUCGUCCAGUCCGGGCUUUGGACUGUUUUCAGCAUGUGCAGAUUUUCCCUGCGGAUAAGACGCAGCAUUUUACGCGCAUACAACAGGAAAGUGGCAUACGGUAUGAGGAUAUGUUGUUUUUUGAUGACGAGGCGAGGAAUAGAAAUGUGCAAACGGAAUUGGGGGUUACGUUUUGUCUUGUGAGGGAUGGUAUGACUCGGGAGGAAGUUGAUCGUGGUGUCUGGGAUUGGAGAAAGAGGAUGGGCGUCAUAGCUGCUGAUAAAGAAGCGGCAGCUGGGAGACCAGUGAUAGAUUAA